AUGUCUUCCACCGCCGUCCCAAAGCGCAUGGCGCUGCAGCGAAACCUAACUGCCCAGUCAUCUGUGGCCAGCUCUGCCUCCGUCUCUCCCAUGGAAAGCCCGCGUCAGUCGCCGUCCAGCACCUCGCUGUCGUCGCUCGCCUCCGAGCAGGACGCCAAGAACUCUGAGAUGAUCGAUACCCUUGGCAACCAGUUCGAGCUCCCCAAUUACACCAUCAAGGAGAUUCGUAAUGCCAUCCCUGCACACUGCUACGAGCGCUCGGCUGCCACUGGCCUGUACUAUGUCUUCCGCGACAUGACCCUGCUUGGUACCACUUUCUACCUCUUCCACAACUACGUGACUGCCGAAACUGUGCCCAACGUAUACCUCCGAAGCGGGCUCUGGGCUCUGUACACCGUCCUCCAGGGUCUUUUUGGAACCGGCUUGUGGGUUCUCGCACACGAGUGCGGCCACCAGUCGUUCUCGACGUCCAAGGUUCUCAACGACACUGUCGGAUGGAUCUGCCACUCUCUGUUGCUCGUGCCUUACUUCUCGUGGAAGAUCUCACACGGGAAGCACCACAAGGCCACCGGAAACUUGAGUCGUGAUAUGGUCUGGAUUCCCAAAACCCGCGAGCAAUUCGCAUCUGGGCUCGGCAAGGCUGUUCACGAAGUCUCCGAGCUGAUGGAGGAGACCCCCAUCGCCACUUUCAUCAACUUGCUUUCCCAGCAGUUGUUCGGGUGGCCCAUGUAUAUCAUCACCAACGUCACCGGCCACGACAACCACGAGCGUCAGCCCGAGGGUCGUGGUAAGGGCAAGAAGAACGGCUUCUUCAGCGGUGUCAACCACUUCAACCCCAACAGCCCUCUGUAUGAAGCCAAGGACGCCAAGCUCAUUCUCUUGAGUGACUUGGGACUCGCCCUGGUCGGUACCGGGCUGUACUACCUAGGAAAUACCUAUGGUUGGUUGAACCUGCUUGUCUGGUACGGCGUUCCAUAUCUCUGGGUCAACCACUGGCUUGUCGCCAUCACCUACUUGCAGCACACCGACCCUACUCUCCCUCACUACCAGAACGAAGUAUGGAACUUCACGCGCGGAGCCGCCGCCACGAUUGACCGCGAAUUCGGCUUCAUUGGCCGCCAGCUGCUCCACGGCAUCAUCGAAACGCACGUGCUGCACCACUACGUCAGCACCAUCCCCUUCUACCACGCCGACGAAGCCACCGAGGCUGUCAAGAAGGUGAUGGGCAAGCACUACCGCAGCGACACCGCGCUCGGUUCGUGGGGCUUCAUCAAGGCCAUGUGGACCAACGCGCGCAUGUGCCAGUGGAUCGAGCCCAACACCGACGCCCAGGGUGAGAGCAAGGGCGUGCUAUUCUAUCGCAACCGCAACGGCCUGGGUCUUGCUCCUGCGAAGCUGCAGAAGCCCUGA